AUGAGCGAGAACGUUGCAGUUGCCGAGCCAGUUAAGGUUCAAGAUAACGGAGUGCCUGCCAGCACCACCACUACAGAAACCGCUGCUGCAUCCACAGCUGCUAAGAGCUCGAAUGUCAAGUCGGAUGCUUCAGUUCUUCCAGAGUCGUCUGAUCCAGCCGAGAUCUUGAAGCAGGUGGAGUUCUACUUUUCCAACGAAAACCUUCCUAAUGAUAAAUUUUUGUACAAGCUGUCGCUCAAGAACGAGGGCUGGGUUCCUAUUGCUACCAUUUGUAUGUUUGCCCGUAUGAAGAGAUUCAGACCCGUCAGUGCUGUUGUUGAGGCUCUGCGUGGAUCUAAAGAGCUUCUGGAAGUUUCAGAAGAUGGAGAGCUUGUCAGAAGAAAGAUUCCUCUUGUAGAGCCCAAGAAAGAAGAGAAGCAGGAUGCCUUUGCCAGAUCUAUCUAUGCCAAAGGUUUCGGUGAAGAGACUGCUACUUCGCAGUUUGAUAUUGAGAAGUUUUUCGAGACAUUCGGAAAGUUCAAGCAAGUGCGUCUUAGAAGAGAUAACGACAAGAAGUUCAAGUCGUCUGUGUUUGUGGAGUUUGCCAGUCUUGAGGAUGCAGAGAAGUUCCUUGCUUUAGACCCCAAGCCCAAAUAUAACGAUGUCGAGCUUUUGACCAUGUCUAAGCAAGCUUAUGUCGAUAUGAAGGCAGCCGAGCACGGAUUCACUGCCCAUGCCAGUGGUAAGAACUACCGCAAGUUCAACGCUUUCAAGGACGAUGUUCACAACAACAAGAAGAGAAGAGGCGGUGAUAACAAUAACCGUAACCGAAACGAUAACAAGAGAAGAAGAGGACCUAAUGACAGAAACAGAGAGAGAGAAAACAAGGACAAGGAGAACAAGACUACUGAAGACACCCAGCCAUCUACCGACGCUGCUCCCUCGACCGAACCCGCUACCGAGAGCGCUCCUGCCCCCGCUCCCGUCGAGACUGCUGCUGAAAACUAA